AUGGGGUUCUUCCUCAGAUCCAAGAAGGUGAAGAAAGACUCACCGCCUUCGCAAUCCAAGGGUCGAAGGUCGUCUUUGCAGAGUCGACCGUCGCCGCCAUCGCCAAUCCAAGUCCCGCCAACCCCUUUCCAGCCAGCAGGUCUACUUCCUCCACCUCCUGGGUGGAAUGGUGAAGCGCAAUCCCCACCUCAGUAUCACCACCAUGGCUCAUAUCCGCCCAUUGUGGUGAACCAAAACCACUAUUAUCUCGGUGCACCACCUCCCAGGGAAGCCCCGCCACCGUCAUACGCACCCAGCGCAUCCUUUGGCAAACUGAAUCUGGGAUCCGCAGCGGACUUGGCCAAGGAGGUAUAUCAGGGCACCGAGCAGCUACUAGACGAUAGCCUCGCGGCGUGGCACAACUGUGGAAACCAGCUAGUUAGCCAAAGCAACAACGUGGUAGAGAAGGUUUCGAAUCGCGUCCAUCAGGGUACCCAGCAACUGCUAGAUGGAAUGCUACCGCCGUCAUGGCAGAGCUGCGGGGGAGAGCUAGUCAGCCAGAGCAACGCCAUGGUGGAUGAGAUAUCUCACCGGUUCGACAACGUCUUGACCAAAAUCGACUGUGGCGGCUACAAUGGGAAAGAGCACGACAUAUUUGCGUGGCAAUCUGCGCAAACCUCCGGUCACCCACCAUCACCCGAGUUACCAGCCGUUGAGAAAGUGGCUUCCAAGUCCAGUAGGAAGAGCCAUGGGAAAGCGCAUCCAAAGGGCCAAACAACUGCUGCCGCUGCGGUUGUCUCGGGGAGCUUCUUCGCGAAGGUGGACCACUACUCGAAUUCGAGGCUACCGAUGAACCUACCGCCGCUCAAACUAUACAUCCCAACAUACCCCCUGCUUUGUCUAGCGGCCCAAUACUCGGAAAGGGUGUAUGAGCCGCCAACUGCGCGCGCCGAGCGAGAUGCCCACGUUGACGCCGACUGGAGAACGGGUACCAAGGCCAUGGUGAUCAAAUCAAUACCCAUGGACUCCAUGAACACCAUCGUCUUUGCCAUUCGCGGUACGGCUACCUUUAUGGACUGGGCGGUGAACCUGGAUAUGACGCCAACAUCGCCGGCGGGCUUCCUGGACGACCCGGGUAACCUUUGCCACUCUGGUUUUCUCUCUGUCGCCCGCAAGAUGGUGACCCCAGUCGCCCGCCGCCUCCGUCAACUUCUCGAGGAGGACCCGUGGCGAGCGUCUUACUCUCUCCUUAUCACAGGCCACAGCGCUGGCGGUGCAGUUGCUGCUCUCCUUUACAGCCAUAUGCUCGCGACCUCCAAGGAGGCCGAAACGGACCUCAAUAUCGUCGCCGGCUGCUUUAAGCGCAUCCAUUGCAUCACCUUCGGCACACCACCCAUCAGCCUAGUCCCUCUAACAAAACCCAGCGAUUACCUUCGACGGCCCCACCUCAGGAAAAGCGUCUUCCUCAGCUUCGUCAACGAAGGCGACCCCGUAACGCGCGCCGACAAGGCGUACGUCAAGAGCCUUCUCGAGCUCUUCGCCGCGCCAACACCGCGGGCCACCACAGACUCGCGAAAAUCUAUAUCUUCGCGAAGCAACAGCAAGAAGUCGCGGCGCAGCAGCGAGAAAGCUUCCAGCAAAUCAUCCUCCACCACCGUAUCAUCAGCACUCACAACAACCUCACGGUCGUCGUCGUCGUCCAAAGCCUCCGGCCCGGCGUGGAACGUCCCGCCGAGCACGCUGAGCUGUGCGGGCCGCGUGGUGGUGCUGCGGUCGGGUGAUCCCAAGGCGCGGCUACGGAGGGGCAAGACGACGGUCGAAGAGCGCCUGCACGAGGGUGUCGUCGCGCAGAUUGUUACGGAUGAGCAGCUGCGCGGUGUUGUUUGGGGGGAUCCUGUCGCGCAUAUGAUGAAGCUGUAUGCGGGGCGGAUUGAGGUUCUGGCUGUGGGGGCCGUUACGGGGAUGGGGUAUUGA